AUGGCUGCGGAGACCAUGAAAAACGUCAACGCAGACCCAGAGAUGGCGAAAUCAAACGAGGAACUCAAACAAGAUGAAGAAGAAGUUUCUCCAAUUGAGGAAGUGAGACUCACUGUAUCCAACGUGGACGACCCAACCCAGCCCGUUUGGACCUUCCGAAUGUGGUUCUUGGGGCUUAUCUCGUGCUGCCUCCUCUCCUUCCUGAACCAGUUCUUCGCCUACAGGGCGGAGCCUCUCGUCAUUACGCAGAUCACGGUGCAGGUGGCCACACUGCCGAUAGGGCGAUUCAUGGCCAGAGUCCUCCCCACCACGAAGUUCGGGAUAGGGUCAAAGAAAUUCUCGUUGAAUCCGGGACCUUUCAACAUGAAGGAGCACGUGCUGAUUACUAUAUUUGCGAACGCCGGCACCGCCUUCGGGUCGGGGUCGCCGUAUGCGGUGGGGAUCGUGAACAUCAUCAAGGCGUUCUACGGAAGGUCGAUCUCGUUCUUGGUUGCAUGGCUGCUGAUCAUCACUACUCAGGUGUUAGGAUACGGGUGGGCAGGGUUGCUGAGGAAGUACGUGGUGGAGCCAGCUCAUAUGUGGUGGCCCGGCAACCUUGUCCAAGUCUCUCUUUUCCGAGCUCUGCAUGAGAAAGAAGAUGGAGGCAGAACUUCAAGGGCAAAGUUCUUCUUCAUUGCUCUACUCUGCAGCUUCUUAUGGGCCGCGGUCCCUGGAUACUUGUUCCAGACCCUCACAAGCAUCUCAUGGCUCUGCUGGGUGUUCUCCAAGUCAGUCACAGCUCAACAGAUAGGCUCAGGCAUGAACGGUUUGGGCUUGGGAGCCCUCACUCUCGAUUGGUCCGCCGUUGCCUCCUUCUUGUUCAGCCCUCUCGUUUCACCAUUCUUCGCCAUUGUCAACGUCUUUGUGGGCUAUGCAUUAAUCGUCUAUGCCGUCAUCCCUAUUGCUUAUUGGGGCUUCAACGUCUAUGGUGCAAAUAAGUUCCCCAUUUUCUCCUCCUCCUUGUUCACAGCACAGGGCCAAGAAUACGAUAUACGCUCCAUUGUAAAUAACAAAUUUGAAUUGGAUGUUGCAAAGUAUCUCAAGACGGGUCCAAUUCAUCUUAGCGUCUUCUUUUCUCUUACUUACGGUUUUGGAUUUGCCACUAUUGCUGCCACCCUUACCCAUGUCAUUUGCUUCUACGGAACGGAGAUUAUGGAGCGGUAUCGUGCUUCGAGCAAGGGCAAAGAAGAUAUCCACACGAAACUGAUGAAGAAAUACAAAGACAUACCAUCUUGGUGGUUUUAUGUGAUGCUGUUUGUAACGCUUGUGGCUUCUCUCUUACUAUGCAUCUUAGGGAAAGAACAGGUUCAGAUGCCAUGGUGGGGACUUGUGUUUGCCUGUGCCUUAGCCUUUGCUUUUACUCUCCCAAUCAGCAUCAUUACUGCCACCACAAACCAGACACCCGGGUUGAAUAUCAUUACUGAGUAUAUCUUUGGACUCAUUUACCCCGGAAGACCAAUAGCAAAUGUGUGCUUCAAAACAUACGGUUACAUAAGCAUGUCUCAAGCAGUCUCUUUCCUUAGUGAUUUCAAGCUUGGACACUACAUGAAAAUCCCUCCGAGAUCAAUGUUCUUAGUUCAGUUCAUUGGAACAGUUCUUGCUGGAACCAUCAACAUUGGUGUGGCAUGGUGGUUGCUAACUUCUGUUGAGAACAUAUGUCACAAGGAUCUACUUCCCAAAGACAGUCCCUGGACAUGUCCCAGUGACAAGGUUUUCUUUGAUGCAUCAGUUAUUUGGGGUCUAGUUGGACCUAAGAAGAUAUUCGGUUCCAAAGCAGAAUACUUUGCAAUGAAUUGGUUCUUCCUUGGAGGUGCAAUUGGACCCAUCAUAGUUUGGUUAUUGCAUAAGGCAUUCCCCAAGCAGUCAUGGAUUCCCUUGAUCAACCUCCCAGUUCUCCUUGGGGCAACGGGGAUGAUGCCACCGGCCACGCCAGUCAACUACAAUGCAUGGGUUUUGGUUGGAACGGUGUUCAACUUGUUUGUGUUCCGUUACAGGAAGAAGUGGUGGCAGAGGUACAACUAUGUUCUAUCAGCAGCGCUUGAUGCCGGGGUUGCCUUUAUGACUGUGCUGCUUUACUUUGCUCUCAACAUGGAGAAUAGGAAAUUGGAUUGGUGGGGAAAUGGUGGGGAGCACUGUGACUUGGCAACUUGUCCCACUGCUAAGGGCAUAGUCGUUGAUGGUUGCCCUGUCUUUUAA